UUCAGCCUUCAGGUUUCAACUCCCUCGCGAAUUACAUCAUCAACCAACAACAACCGUACGAUAUCAUCCAGCCAAAAAAGUUUAAUGAGUCAAUGCUUGAAAAUCUGCACAUAAUUCUAAUCUCUUCCCUUCAUUUCCAACACCAGAUCAUUUCACCAACACAUACAGGCAGUUCAGUUGUCCUUGUGCCAUAAGGUAGGUGAAGAAGGAACGGUUAGUGUUUGCGCCGUUUCAGCAUGAGAAAUGGGACAUGGAGCGUGGGUGAAUCUUCCAGCUCAACUUCCUUGAGCAGUCAGCAUGAUAAUGAGGAUGAUCGGAUGAUUGCUCUUGUGUUAACCGAGGAGUAUGCCAACCUAGAUGGAGGAGUCGCUAAACGCCUUUCAAACCUUGCACCUGUUCCUCAUGUUCCGCGGAUAAAUUCCUACAUUCCCAACCUGAGCGACGCCAGUUUGGAUCAUCAAAGGCUUCUUCAAAGGCUAAAUGUUUAUGGUUUAUGUGAAGUGAAGGUUUCCGGGGAUGGAAAUUGUCAGUUCCGUGCACUUUCAGAGCAGAUGUUCAAGUCACCUGAGCAUCACAAGCAUGUUCGAAAGGAUGUUGUGAAACAGCUGAAAGAGCACCGCUCGUUAUACGAAGGCCAUGUCCCGAUGAAGUACAAACGUUAUUGCAAGAAAAUGGCAAAGUCUGGUGAAUGGGGGGACCAUGUUACCUUACAAGCAGCUGCUGAUAAGUUUGCUGCUAAGAUAUGCCUUUUGACAUCUUUUAGAGAUACCUGUUUCAUUGAAAUUAUGCCACAAUACCAGCCACCAAAACGAGAGUUGUGGUUGAGUUUCUGGUCCGAGGUACACUACAACUCAUUGUAUGAAAUCCGAGAUGCUCCUGUUCCACAGAAGCCAAAGAAGAAACACUGGUUGUUCUAGAUGAAGCCGAGACUGUUGAUUUUGGUAUAGCAAUUGGGAUCAUUUAUAAAGAUUUUUCUACUGCACAUAGUUUUGCUACAUGUUGUGUUACAUCUUCAUUAUUUCAUAUCUUUCUUAUAGGAAAUAAAUUGUUUCUCUCUUGUAAAGUUAUUGAUUUUGUUUUGGGUUUUAAGAGGACAUGCUAUGACAUUUUCCAACUAUUGAUGCAUUGGGAUAGGGCUAAUAUAUUAUUAUCGACUCGUUAUAGUGUCCUUUUCCA